AUGUCUGCGGUCAAACCGGCGUUUUAUAAAACUCCGCCAAACGCCGACGGAGGAUUUCGAUGGACGCCGAGCGUCCCCCACUCUAGUCAACCGGUCCAAUCAAAUCGCGUCUGUGACCGAUGCAUUCAGAAAAAGGUCAAGUGCGACUUGGGAUACCCUAGCUGCUCAAACUGUAGUGAUGCUGGGGAGGGUUGUGUUUACUCGCGAGUGCGUAAGAGGCCAGGGCCUAGCAAAGGCUCACGCAGGGUUGCAAAGAGGCCUCAGAAAGUAGAUCAAUCCCCUGAAAAUGAUUGCACAACAGGCCAAUCCACGGUAUCUCGGCAGAUGAUGCCUAUCACGCCGCAGCUUACACUCGACGACGCAGAAACUCUGACGCUGCACUGUUCACUUCUUCUCCCGACUCAAGCCUUUGAAUUAGGUCAGCGGUUUGGCUGCACCAUAAACACAGUCUUUCCACUGUUUCGGCGAGAAUCGCUCUUGGAACAGCUACAAAAUGGCACCAUAUGCGGUGCUCUACUGCCCGUCAUAUAUGCACUAUCGGCGAAAGGCACCGAGACAAACUUUCUGUCUGGCAACGUUGACGUGCAUGCAGCGCUGGUAAGCCUUGCCGAGUCAGCCAAGAUCGAAGCCGAGAGCGUCACGGAGCCGCUUGCCCUCAACCAAUGGCGCACCGCGUGUUUACUUGCGUGGUACUGCUUCCACCAGACGCCCGGAAACAGCGAAGCGAUUCGCAUCACCGUGCUGACCCAGAAGGCCUAUCAGUGCGGGCUGCACCAGAUUGACAGUCCCGAGAACCAGGCGUCGUUCGGCUGGGACAAGAUGGGCGAGGAAUUGCUGGAAGACUGGCGCCACGUCUGGUGGGCUGUUUAUAUCCUAGACUGCUGCGCCAGCUUUUCGACGGCAACACCACAUCAGGUCGAGACGGAGAGCAUAAGAACAGCCCUCGUACAGAACAAGCCGCAGCUCGAUAUCAACCAGAGCACCCCAUCAGAGAAGCUCUUCCUACCGCCAGACCGGGCCGAUCUGUGGAGACUUGCCCAAGACAUCGCGAGUACAGGCGGCGACAACGCUGCUAGCCUGCAUCUGGUCAUCAGCAUCCUGCUGAAAGAAGUCGUCACCACGUACCGUCGACGUUGCCAAAAUCCGUCUGUUUCUUCAGAACAAAGCAUGUCGGCACUGGAAGACUAUUUGAGUGCUGUACAGCUGGCUCUGCCGUCCAACUAUAUGCGGCAGACGCGCGACAUACUCCGCGGAGAGACAGAUAACAACUGCCACUGGCGGCUAAUGACCUUGCUAAAGAUUCAUAGCGCGCGUCUGCUUAUGCGUCUUCCUUGCGGUUCUCUCGAUACGCCCGGCUGGGAUAUUCGAUGGGAAGAAAACCUCGAGAUUUGCUACCGCAUGGUCGAGGUCAUCCAGCAGUGGGACGUGCCAGAUCGUCCAGCCAUCGACCCGGCCAUGUGCUUCAUAUGUCUCUCAUUGCUGAUGCUGCUGCAUCUGCAUAGUCUGUCGAGCGUUGUGUCUAAUCCGCUACUGCAGGAACCUGUCGCGAGGCGAAAAAACAUCGUCAGGCUGUUCCUGCAUAAUUAUGCAACGCACUGGACUCUACCUCGAUUCCUUUUAGACUGUUACGAUGCGCUGGUCCGCAAACUUAUCGGGCCACUACAACCGAAAGACAUAGAACGGAUCUUGGAUCAUUUCAACGGUCCACUGCAUCAAAAAUGGCUGAGCUUUCUUUCUCUGUUGCCUCCGAGAUAUGCUAGUCCUCGCUCAAGCAAAUUGAAGCACCAGACUGACCUCCCGUUCCCCAUGAUUGCCAGCUCGGGUGAGGCAUGUCCACAAACUUAUAGGACUAAUUCUACGUGCAAUUUCGACUUUGGGAACCUUUUUGAGUUUGGGAAUGCGUUUAAUUUCGAACACGGUUUCGAACUUUGGGAUGACUGGAAUCAAUCACCUUCGCUUUGGCCAAGCGAGUGA